AUGUCAACAACACACCAACAAGAAGAAUCCAACAAAAUUGUCCAAUACUUUGUGAAAAAGUACAAAUUGUUGCCUCACGUUGAAGGCGGAUAUUAUUCGGAGAUUUUCAGAAACCCACUUUCUGUGAAUAUUCAAAAUUCUUCAACAUCUUCUGAUUCUACUAUUAGUAGUGCCAGUAGUGAAAAUUCUGUUGAAAAUCAACGUAGUUUAUCAACGAGUAUUUUCUACUUGUUGGGUGGAGGUGAUUUUUCAUGUUUUCACUCGAUUAAAUCCUUUGAACAGUGGCAUUAUUAUACGGGAAGUUGUAAUUUGAUAAUUCACGUAUUGGAUCCUCAAACAAAGAGAUAUGGAAAGUUUGUGUUGAAUAAUAGACCGAAUGUGGAGAGUGAUUUGUCAUUGCAACAAGAGGAUUUGUUGACACCUCAUUGGGGAAGUGAAAAAGUUGAAUUGACAAAUUUGUCGUGUUUCAUUCCUGAAAAUUGGUGGUUUGCUGCUGAAUUGGAGGAUAAAUCACCAGAAAAUUAUGUUAUGGCAGGUUGUACUGUUUCAUUUGGAUUUGAUUUUAGAGAUUUUGCUAAGGCUAAAAGAGAUAAUUUACUUGCAGAGUUCUGUAAGGAUGGAAAUGAUAAGGAAUUGGAGGAAUUAAUUAAAAGAUUAACGAGGGAUUAAUUUUUA